GUCUACUUUGUCUCGCACAUCCCCAUCACGAUGUUCAUCGACAUGCAGGUGGUGCUGCCGCCCGAAGUGUACCCGCAGGAGUUCAGCAAUCUGUUGCGGUGGUACUCCAAGGAGUUCAAAGACCCUCUGAUGCAGGACCCCCCAUUGUGGUUCAAGUCCUUCCUAUUUUGUGAGCUUGUGUUCCAGCUGCCUUUCUUUCCUGUUGCAGCAUAUGCCUUCUUCAAAGGAAAUUGCCGGUGGAUCCGAAUCCCUGCAAUCAUGUAUGCAGUUCACACCAUAACAACUUUAAUUCCAAUCCUCUAUACAUUUCUAUUUGAGGAUUUCUCCAAAGCUGUUGCUUUCAAAGGACUCGGACCCGAGAAUUUCCGUGAACGACUGACCCUCAUAGGUGUCUAUGCCCCCUACCUAAUAAUCCCCCUUAUACUCCUCCUGUUCAUGUUGCGGAACCCUUUCUAUAAGUAUGAGGAGAAAAGAAAGAAAAAAUAGGGGCCAGCCACUAGCCCAACCAGGGAGAUCCCACAGCACAGUUGCCUUUUGGACAAUACUAGAAAAACUGCUCUGAACCCAUGUCUCAGCAGCAUUUGAAACAUACCAACAGCAGUGCACAAGACACGCCAAGCCCUCACCUUCGAAGGGCUGAACAGGCCAUCAGCAGGGAUGGGGACCAGCAAAAUGGUGCCAAAGUUCUGCUAUAGCAUUGCUAAAAAUGGGCAGACAAAAAGCUGGUCAGUUCGUGGCCUAGAACACACACACCUGACUAAAUCCUGACUCAACCUGUAGCUGAUCACUAGUCAACAAAUGAGUAGUGGGUGUUUUGGGCCACUUUAAUAUCACAAAUUUUGUCUCUUUAAAUGUCCAUGAAAAGCUACCAUUUCCUGCCUGUACCUCCACCUCUGGAAGAAAAAACAAUAUUGUAGACUCGAAAGCCUAAGCCAGAAAUGGGUUAUGUUUAGAUGGUAACCAUUUACACAUCAUCCAUUCUUCCAGUUAUUCUACUAGUACUUGUACUUCCCAACUCUGGCCCCUCACACCAGUAGGCUCCCUGGUAGAUAGCUUUAUCCUUCCUCUCUGCCUGGUCCUUCCCAUUCUGUUCAGAGUGGGGUAAUAGUGUGACUGUCCCAGGGUGUCUGCUGUUCCACUGGCUCUCCUUAUAGAAACAAGGUUGGUGGGUGUUUUUGCUUGCAAGCCAUAUUGCUCUGGUUAUUACUGUCUGACUUGUGUGUAUGGUCCAAAUAAAGGUAGCUGCUGA